AUGCCCCGCGCUACUGCUGGCACCCUGGUGCAAUGCGAUCCGUCAAUCAAGGCAAUCAUCAGUAAAAUCAACGAAGAAAAUGGCGGCCUCUACAUAUCCGAAGACAUCGACGACGAGACUUGCUUGAUCAACACCAAGAAGCUUGAUGAGCUCAAGCAGAAGCUCAAGGACGCCCUCAAGGAUACAGUGCGCGAGGCCGAAGACUCGGGCUCCGAGUAG